AGAGGCGGAAGCGGCGGGGCGCGGCCCGGAAGUGGAGCCGCCUCAGGAGCGACCAUGGCCGAGACCGACCCCAAGAGCGUGCAGGACCUGACGGCCGUGGUGCAGACAUUGCUCCAGCAAAUGCAGGACAAGUUUCAAACCAUGUCUGACCAAAUCAUUGGAAGAAUCGAUGACAUGAGCUGCCGCAUUGACGACCUGGAGAGGAACAUCGCCGACCUGAUGAUGCAGGCUGGUGUGGAGGAGCUCGAGGGGGAGAACAAGACCCCAGCCUCCAACAAGGGCUAAGGUUGCCAACAACUCCAGAUAAAUCAUGGAAGAUGACUUUUUCUUUUUUUCUACAAAUCCUUGGAAUUAAAGAAUGGCUUUUUGCAAUUCCAGUGUGUGAAAGCAUUUUUAUAUUGUUACAGAGCUUGCAUUCCUAAUGUACAUUGUAUAGGUGGGGUAGGGUUAGUUUCUAUUUUGAUUUGUGUACUGUAAUUUCACUUUUUGAAUUCUUGUUAUGAGGAUCACUUGGCUGUGUUAUUAAAACACAGAUCUUAUGGAUCUCAACUCCUGGGUGUAUUUUUUUGUGGAGUCACUUUUAUCUCUUUCCUGUACUUUUCUAGAUGUUUCACGUUUGAUAGCUCAGCAUUUAGUGACUCCCACCAAAUGGGAAUCUUGCCUUGUCCUACGUGAGUUUGUGGAGUGAAGCACAAGAUUGAAACUUAAUUAAUUUCAUUAAUUGUAGCUCUGAGCAUCAGGCACUCACUAUUGAGGAUUGUGUUGUCUUUCAUUCAUGUAAUAAAGGUGAUUUUUGGAAACAAGAGACACUGAGCAUCGAAAUCAUCUCUCCUACUCCUGGUGUAACCCGAGCUGUGUGUUCUGGAGCAUAAACCAGAAAUGCAGAUUGACCAUGAGAGACAUCUGAGCCACCACUGCCACCCCCUGCUGUGACACCUGGGCACUAAGGAGCUGUGAACAGUCUCACUGUGGCACUGAAAGUCUUUAACUCUGCUCUGGCACUGUCCUUUGGCACUGCCUUUGAUCCAUGACUGGGAUUGAAGAGGGUUGGGAUUGAUGUUGGACAGAGCAGGGAUGGAGUGUGGGAAUGUCUGUGUGGGGGUUUUCAGUGGGAAUCACUGCCUUGAUUUGCUAACAAGGCAGUGAGACAUGAGGAACAAAAGAAAAAAAAAAGAAUCCAGGUCGAUUUUUAAAGCCUUGUUUUUCUUGGAAUAACUUCAAAAUACUUGAUUUAAAGAAAUGUUUGCUUUUCUAAUCAUACCCACAUCUUUGAGCCUGGAGUCUGUGUUUAUUACAUUUUGGCCACGGAAGGUGUAUUUGGGAGAGUCUGUACUGUGUCACUUGUGAAGAAAAAUGACCAAUGUCAGCUAUUCCUGACAAUCAUUGCAAUGCUCCAGCUUCAAAUGCAAAUGCAAAUGCAGCAGUUGCAGGUGGACCACACUUAAACUGCUCCUGAAAUGCCACCAAAUUAGCACCUGAGUGCUGUGAAGGCAAUAUGACAGGUCAUUUUUCUAAACUCACUGGAAUAAAAGCUCAUAAUAACAGGGGAAUUUUGUGAACAUGAGAAAUGUAUCGAUAUAUACUUGUAAUACUGGCCUUAGGUCCUUUGUAAUGUCAUUUCAAAAAAAUCUAAUAAACUGCUAUGUGGUAACAAACA